UAAAAUUGUCAUUUGUCAAUGAGAGUAGAGGUUGCUCGUUCGAUAGGCCGUAAAACUUCAAGUUCCACUUUCAUUGCCAAGUCCCUGUUCAAAUAAAAUUACCUGUGUUAAAAUCCGCAUACAAAUAAAGAUAAACCGGUGACUUAAAUUGAAAGAGCCCUUGCGUGAGCCACUGUUUGAUCACGUCUAUGUACAUUUUAUUGAUAAGAGAGUUGGUUUAAUUUACAAAAGCGGUGUAUUAGUAGUAUUAGGCGUUGUAGUGUUCAGUGAACAUGUCUGAUAAUGAGUAUGAUGGUGACGCUGCUUGGGUGCCCUAUCGGGACCGCCCUGAGUGGAAAGACGUGACGCCGGUGCCUGAAAAUGAUGGGCCAAGGCCUGUCGUGGUUAUUGCUCAUUCCGAGAAAUUUGAAGAUGUGUAUGGGUACUUCAGGGCAGUCCUGCAAAGUAACGAGAAGUCUGAACGGGCCUUGAAACUUACAAAAGAUGCAGUUGAACUUAACGCAGCUAAUUACACUGUGUGGCAAUACAGGAGAGACUUGCUCAAAGCUUUGGGGACAGAUUUGAGACCUGAGUUAGAUUAUGUUGAAUCAGUUAUCACACAUUCGCCCAAGAAUUAUCAAGUGUGGCAUCACCGGAAAGUUCUAGUGGAAUGGCUACAAGAUCCAUCACAGGAGCUGGCCCUGACGAGCGACGCCUUAAUACAGGACCCCAAGAACUACCACGCCUGGCAACACAGGCAAUGGGCUAUUAAGACUUUUGGACUGUACGACCGCGAAAUGGACUUCGUAGACAACCUUAUCACUCAAGACGUACGUAACAACUCAGCCUGGAACCAGCGAUAUUUCAUCAUGAACAACCAUCUCGGCUGGUCCGACAUGAACGUGCAAAAAGAAAUAUGCUACACCAUGGAAAAAAUCAAAUUCGUCAAAAAUAACGAGAGCGCUUGGAACUAUUUAAGAGGUCUAUUACUACACGAUAAAAGGGGACUUAGUGGAAAUUGCGUAGUGACUGGGUUCUGCGAGGAUUUGUAUAAAAAUAAGUGCCGGUCGCCGUUCCUUCUCGCUUUUAUCCUAGAUAUUUGUGAUGAGGCUAUAAAGAAGGAUGAAAUAGGUUGCCUACAUAAUCCUACUAGAGGGGUAGCGCUGUGUGAGGAUCUGGCGACGAAGUAUGAUAAAAUUAGAAGCAAAUAUUGGAACUAUAUGUCUGAAAAGUUUAGGAAAGCGAAAGAUGAGUUAGCGGCUAAAAAUGAAGAUGGCGACAAAGUUGAGCGAACAAUUUAAUUAUAUUUAAAGCAAAAAAAAACUGAAAAUUCUUACAAAACUUACUCUUGCUGACAACAUCAGGAAUUGAAUCCUGUACCUCAGCUUACCAAACUAAACUUCCUUUCAACCACCGGGAAGAAUUUGUAUUGCAAUUAAGUAUUAUGCUUUGAUAGGAAAAAUCUAGAUUCCACGCUGCUCCUUUUUAUAUUUAUACCAACCGUAAAAAAAUAUUAUUGAUAAAAGCAAAGUGCUAACUAAAAACAAUUUAAUUUUGAAUCUGUUAUGGUGUAAUUGUCUUAUUAAUUUUAUCCAAGAGACGUACGUUUGUAUUUCCCCUUUUUUUGGCAUGUCUUGUUUUUCAUAUACUCUUUAUCUCUGUUCAAUAAAAUGAAAUCUAAAUAAAAAGCUUUUAAUUUA